GGCCAGGAUGGUAGUGAGAUGCGUGGAGGCGGUUCGUGUGCUACGUGUCGGGCGCUUUUCCGUCCGUUGGGUCGGUGCGGGGGGUCACGUGGCUGCUGGUCUGGUUCCUUCUUGGCGUGGGCUGGUGUUCCUCUUCCCCAUUGACGCUUGGGUCUAUCCGGCUGUGGUUUCGCCGGUCGAAUCGCCGCUGCUUCCGGUUGUUUUUCCGGCGGUCGUGUUGUUGAGGGCCAGCGGUUGCUCUGCUGUCGGCUCGUCAUUCGGCCGCUUGUGGAUUUCGUUCCCUGCUGGUUCGUACCGGAGGGUUGUGCGGUGGGAGUUGGUGGGAUCUUGCUGAUUGACGCUGUCUCCGUCGUGUUUGGUCGUGCUGCUCCGUCUCUUUCGUCGCUGGUUGCUGGUCGCGUCUCCGUUUGUUUGCGAGGAUGGUGUUUGUUCUAAGAGGUAUCCGAAGAGCUUUGGUAACGAGAUCUACAUUGACAAGGAUGGGUUCCCUGUCUAUAGGCGUCGUCACGAUGGGCGUUUUGUUAUGAAGGGAACAUGCCGAUUAAACAACAGGUGUGUUGUUCCGCAUAAUGUUGCAUUGCUUUAUCAGGCCCAUAUUAAUGUAGAGUGGUGUAACAAGACAAACUUGGUUAAGUAUUUGUUUAAGUACAUUAAUAAGGGUGCCAACCGAACCAAGAUAAAGGUUCAAGGUAUGUCUACUUCUGAUGCUCCUGGGUCAUCUUGUUGUGGUGUUGACGAAGUAGAGGAGUAUAUCAACUGUAGGUAUCUUUAUUCUUGUGAGGCUGUGUGGAGGUUGUUUUCGUUUGAUGUGCAUGUUCGAUUUCCGUCUGUCCAGAGGCUUGAGAUUCAUUUGCCUGGUAUGAAUAGGGUUACUUAUUCAGAAGAUUAUAAGCUUACUGACGUGGUUAGUAGAUGUAAUGUAAGGAAGAGUUCUCUGACUGAAUGGUUUGACAUGAAUAGCAAACAUGAGGCAUGUCGUGACUUGACGUAUUGCGAGUUCACUAGGAGGUAUACUUGGCAAAAAGAUAAAAAGCGUUGGAAGCCUCGGGGUGGCAAUGCUAAGUUGGGCAGGAUUAGGUAUGUCCAUCCUACAACGGGCGAGCUAUUUUAUCUUCGGAUGUUGUUGAUGUGUGUGCGUGGUGCACAGAGUUUUGACGAUCUUAGGACGUAUCAGCGGAUAAAAUUCUCUACUUUUCGUGAGGCUUGCCACGCGCGUGGGCUAUUGGGUGAUGAUGCUGAGUGGUCUUAUGUCUUUGAUGAGACUGUUUUGUGGGCUACACCCAGGCAGCUUAGGGAUUUAUUUGUUACCAUUCUGAUGUUUUGUGACGUUGGUGAUGCCUCUGGUUUGUUUAAGAAGUAUUGGGUCUACAUGGCUCUGGAUAUUCUUUAUGGGGUUCGUCGAGCUUUGCGAAAUCAGUCAUACUCUAUGCCACAUAAUCUUCUUCGUUUUCGGCUACUUAAGGAAUUGUCUGUGCUUUUUGAAAAGAGUGGUAGUUCCAUAUUUUCCUACAACCUUCCGGAUGCUGAUGGCCUUGAUGGUGGGUCGUUUUCAAAUAGGUUGGUUGCUGAGGAGACAUGCUAUGAUAGGGUUGCUCUCACUCGGGAGUGUGAGUCCCUCUAUGAGAUGUUAAAUUCUGACCAGCUUGCUGUUUACGAUAGAAUAGUUGAUGCCGUCGGCGAGCGGAGGCUGGGUGCUUUCUUUGUUUCGGGACAUGGGGGUACUGGCAAGAUGUUUUUGUGGAGAACGAUUGCUGCUAGACUGCGAUCGGAAGGGAAGGUUCUUUUGCGGUUGCUUCGUCCGGCGUUGCUGCCUUGUUGUUGCCCGGUGGUAGGAUGGCUCAUUCAAGAUUCCACAUUCCUGUUGAUGUCGAUGAUUCUUCGGUUUGCAACAUUGGUCGUGGCACCAUGUUAGCGGAUUUAAUUAGACAAGCUGCCCUUAUACUAUGGGAUGAGGCGCCUAUGUCCCAUAGAAAAUGCUUGGAGUGUCUUGAUCGUUCUUUGAGGGAUCUUUUGUCGGAAAAUCAGCCAUCCAAUGCUCUUCUUCCUUUUGGGGUUCUUCCGGUGGUUCUUGGUGGCGACUUUCGGCAGGUGUUGCCUGUGAUGCCUGGGGCGUCCAAACAUGAGGUGCUUGACGCUGCUCUUUGUAGUUCGCCCUUGUGGUCCGAUAUUACUGCAUUUAAUUGUCUAUUAAUAUGAGGCUUCAGGUAGUGGGUUUGUCUGAGGAAGAGAGGGCUGAGUUAGCUGGGUUUGCAAAAUGGGUGCUAGAUGUUGGGGAUGGUGUGUUGCCAACUAAGAAGCGGUCUGAUGGCGACGAGAAUCUGUGGGUGUGCAUAUCCUCUAGAUUUCUUGUUAUGGGGAAGGUUGAAAGAGUUGCUGCAAUAGUCGAGGAGAUAUAAGAUGGGUUUUUGGAUCUCUAUAAUGACGCAUCCUACUUAGCUGAUAGGGCCAUUGUGUGUCCUACAAUUUCUGUGGUUGAUGAGGUUAAUGAUUUCAUAACAGCAAUGGUUCCGGGUGAGUUGAGGGAGUAUUUGAGCGCUGAUAAAAUUGCGCCUUGCUCUGAACAAAUACCUGAUAUAGAGGAGUUGUAUCCGGUUGAGUUCUUGAAUUCCAUUGUUGUUCACAAUUACCCUCAUCAUUGUUUGAAGCUAAAGGUCGGUGUUCCGGUGGUUUUGUUGAGAAACCUGAAUCAGUCUCAGGGGUUAUGUAAUGGAACGAGACUGCUUAUAACUAAGUUGGGUGAUUAUGUGUUUGAGGGUACUGGCUUGACCAGUUUUUCUGUAGGACAAUCAAUGUGUGUUCCGUGUAUAGUUCUUAAUGCUACAUGUCCGAAGUGGCCUUUCGUGAUGCAAAGGCGUCAGUUUCCUGUUCGUGUUUGCUAUGCCAUGACUAUCAACAAAAGUCAGGGACAGACGUUAGGCAGGGUUGGGAUUUAUCUUCGAAAUCCUGUGUUUACGCAUGGCCAAUUGUAUGUUGCUGUUUCGAGGGUUAAGUCACCUGUUCGUCUGCGUGUUCUUAUCGAGGAAGAUGAUGGGUCUUGCAGUUGCAUGACUAAGAAUUUUGUGUACAAGGAAGUUCUUGCCACGGUUGGACAGUGAUUGGCCCCCCCUUUGGUGUGGUUGAUAUGGUUAUGUAGACGUGUUUGUGGGGAUGAUUGGCUCUAUCUAUGGGGUUGCCUCCUGUCUGCAUAGUUUUUAUCUUUACUGUAACUUUAUGUGUUGUAAUAAAGCGCUACUUGACGCUGGUUGUUCUUCCUGUGUUCAUUUUUGUGUGAUGCCUGUUUACCUUGUUCUUUUAUGUAUUUAUUUCGUUUUCUA